CGAAGGUAAAGUUACGUUUUACGAUGCAAUAUGUAUACAAAAUGAAGAAAAUAGACUUUAAAAAAGUCUGCAGAAAUUUUUUAAAAAAAUUUUCAGUCGACCAUUAUUCAAGUUACUUGUUUAAAAUUACUUACACUAACUUUUGAGCAUCGAAAGUUAUCUUUCAAUGGUGGACAACUCUUGCAACACCUGCACUUUGGUUGGUAUGGGGCUGAAUCUGGACCACACAAAAUCUGCGGGCAAAUUAUAUCCUUACAAUCUUCCUUGGUCAAACAAACGUCUUUGGACACGCAUUUGGGACAGCAUUUAUUUUUUUCGAUUAAAUAAAUUUCAUUUUCACUACACUCCUUGCACGUAGCAGGAUCGCAUGGGUUUUCGCUCGACGUUUCCGCUUCGCAAUUAAUAAUUACGAACGCGGCGAAUAAUACAAUUAAAACUUUCAUGGUGGUUUAAUCUUGA